AUGGUAUGUUGUUUUUUGAAUAUUUUCUAGUUUUUUUGUAGUUUUUAGGGUUUUAAUAGUGAUAAUAUCGGUUUUUUAUUAGGUAUUGAGAUAUACAGUGUCGGACAAGCAAUUUUGAGUUGUGGGUUGGGCGGCAGAGGCUUUAGUCCUAGCUGUAAUUAUAUAAUAGCUCUAACUUUAGCUCCCGCCUUAGCUCUAGCUCUAGCACUUGCUCUUGCUCUACCUCUCGCUCUAGUUCUAGUUCUAGUUCUAGUUCUAGCUCUAACUCUAGCUCUAGCUCUACCUUUAGCCCUAGCCCUACCAUUAAUCCUAGCCGCAGCCUUAAUCCUACCCUAGCUCUAUCCAUAACUCAAGCCUUAGCUCUAACAGGCCUCAUCCUUACCUCAAGCCUUUGUCCUAGCUUUACCUCUACUCUAAGCCCUAAAAUUACCAUUACCCUACCUUAUGUUUCACCCUGCCUUCUCUUUAUUUUCUGUUUUUAAAAUAAACUUAUUUCUUUCAGGGACUGUUAGACAUUCUGAAAAAGUUCAAAAGUCAACAAGGCCGGGAAUUGCGCAUUCUACUUUUGGGUAUGUUGUGUUUUACCAUCACAAUAAGUGUAAAAUACGCUUCCUGGAACUAAGUCUUGCUUAUAGAAACUAAUGAUAGAAAAAUAAAAAAUUUUACAUUUUGAAAAAAAAUCAAAAUUAAAAUUUUUUUUUAAUUAAGUGAACGACCUAAUAAAAGAUACAAAUUACAGGUCUUGACAAUGCUGGAAAAACAACAAUUUUGAAGAGCCUGGCUUCUGAAGAUGUUUCACACAUCACUCCAACUCAGGUAUGUUAUAUCUAACAUAUCCUACCUUACCUUAACUUGCCAUACCAUUCCUUACCUUGUCUUUGUCUACUCUACGUUACUCAGCCCUACCCUUAUUUAGCGUAAAGCUCUUAUUAAAAUUUUUUUAUGGUUUUAAAUUCUUUAUUAAUUUUUGUUUCAAUUUUAGGGAUUCAACAUAAAGAGUGUGAUUGCGGAGAACAUCAAGCUCAAUGUCUGGGACAUUGGAGGUCAACGAAAAAUCCGCCCAUAUUGGAAAAACUACUUUGACAACACGGAUGUUUUGGUGAGAAUUAUUAUUAUUUUUUGGUACUGCCAUACUUAAUAUAAUAAAAAAGUACUUUUUCAGAUCUAUGUGAUUGACAGCACGGACAAAAAGCGUUUUGAUGAAACGGCGUUGGUAGGUUGAUGACCAUGUUUUACGUCGUAUAUUUUGUAAUUUUAGGAAUUGUCAGAGCUUCUGGAAGAGGAAAAACUGAAGAAUGUGCCAGUUUUGAUCUAUGCUAACAAGCAGGUGGGUAAUAUACUAAAAAUUUUAGAAGUUAGGGUCGGAUUUUGGCUUGAUAGAGUAGGGUAGAGAGUAAGUAGAGUAAGGUAAAGUAAGGUAAGCCAGGGUAGGGUCAGGUAAGGUAGGGUAGUGUAGAGUAGGGUAAAGUAGAGUAGAGUAGGGUAAGUUAAAGUAAAGAAUGGUAAAGGGAGAUAUGCUAGGGUUGUGUACAAUCUAAUAAGCUAAACUGUAACAUAAACUAAAAUGAAAAAAUUGUUUUAGGACCUGAUAACCGCCGCCUCGGCCAGUGAGAUUGCUGAAGGAAUGCAGUUGUUGAACAUGUCACGCGACCGGAUUUGGCAAAUUCAAUCUUGUUCUGCUUUGACCGGUGAAGGAGUUAAGGUAUGUCAUUCGUAAUCAAGAUACAUCUCCCCCCCCGUUUAAAGCCUAAAAUACGAAAAAAAACUUCCAUGCCUACUCAAUUUUCUUUAGGACGGUAUGGAAUGGAUUUCAAAGAACAUUAAAGCUCAGCCUUUGAAAUUGGCGAAAGGCACGGCUGCGCCGGAGGCUUGA